CUCCAUUGCUUUUGAGCAUCUCCUGGGAGCUUAUCCAUGUAUCGUUAUUUUCGUCCUUUCAGUACUUUCACUUUAACCAGCCACAGAACCUGCUGGGAUCCCACUGUGUCCCUCAAUCUAAGCCAUCCGGUCCUUGUUUUACUUGAAAAGUGCAGAACAAGGGAUCACUUCAAACAAAUUCUGGCACAGAUGAUGAGGAUCCAUCUCACUAUUCAUACAUUUCCCAUGAGCAGGCUCAUAUAUUUUUCAGCCAUCUCAUACCCUGCCAAUUUAGACAUGGCCAUCCUCCUCUUUAAUCAUUAUACUCGGCCCAAUCUCUACAUUUACAAUAUGAUGAUAUCUACUUUGUCCUUCUUAUCAAACCAAUCAUUUUUACUCUACAACUCCAUGCUCCAAUCACACAUUUAUCCAGAUAAACACACAUUUCUUUAUCUUCUCAAAGCUUCCAAAUGCUUAUCAGAGGUCAAACAGACUCACAGCCAUGCUAUUGUCACGGGCUUUGUAUCCUACAGUUAUUUUCAGAACUCCCUCGUGAAGAUGUAUUUGGAGUAUGGACAAAUGAGCUUUGCACAUCAAUUGUUUCAACAGAUGUCCAUACGAGAUGCUGUUCCAUACAAUAUCAUGAUUCUUGGACUUGCCAGGAAGGGACACAGCUUGGAAGCAUUGCAGCUGUUCCAUGAAAUGGUUGAUUCAAGUCUUGACCCAGAUGAGUUUACCAUGGUAGCUCUUCUCAUGUGCUGUGGACAAGUGGGAAACAUGCUUUUGGGUAAGUCAGUUCAUGCAUGGAUCGAAAGAAGACAGUUAUUCAGUGCUUGCAAUUUUAUUUUGGGUAAUGCUCUUCUUGAUAUGUAUGUGAAAUGUGAGGAGAUGAAGAUUGCUCACAGAGUUUUUGGUGAAUUUGUGGACAAGGACAUUAUAUCAUGGAACACCAUGAUUGCUGGUUAUGCUAAAAUUGGAGAAAUGGAACUUUCCUCCACUUUCUUUGAUCUAAUGCCUAGCAGGGACCUUGUUUCUUGGAAUUCUCUAAUUGAAGGAUAUAGACAGAGGGGUGAUUGUUCUUCUGUUAUGAACAUAUUCAACCGCAUGCUCGUUGAGAAUGUUUGUCCUGACAAGGUAACAUUGGUUAGCGUGGUUCAUGCUGCAGCAGAGUCUGGAACUCUGGACCAAGGGAGAUUGAUACAUGGGUGGGUGGUUAGAAGUGGGAUGAAACUAGAUGCAUUUUUGGGCUCAGCAUUUAUUGACAUGUACUGUAAAUGUGGGAGCAUUGAAAGGGCUCUCAUUGUUUUCGAGAGAGUCACUGAAAGAGAUGUUACAUUGUGGACAGCCAUGAUCUCUGGGUUUGCAUUCCAUGGUCAUGGAAGCAAAGCUUUGGAAUUAUUCUGGGAGAUGCAGAAAGAGCUUAGGCCAAAUGAGGUAACUUUUGUUGCCGUCCUUACUGCAUGUAGUCACUGCGGGAUGGUAGAGCAAGGGCUUGAAAUCUUUAACAGUAUGAACAAAAAUUAUGGUAUUGAACCAGGUGUUGAACACUAUGGGUGUCUGGUGGAUCUUUUAGGAAGAGCAGGGCGGCUAGCAGACGCAAAAGAUGUGAUUGAGAAUAUGCCAAUUAAACGAAGUGGAUCAAUCUGGGGAGCAAUGCUGAGUGCUUGCAAGGCUCAUGGGGAUGUAGAGCUGGCUGAGAAUGCCUUGAUGGAGCUGCUGAAAUUAGAGCCAGAGAAAGAGGGAGGAUAUGUUCUUUUGUCCAACAUAUAUGCUGCUUUUGGGAGGUGGAGCUUUUCCGACAAGAUCAGAGAAAUCAUGGGAUCCCGAGGGGUCAAGAAAACAGCUGGUUGUAGUAGUUUAGUUGUAAAUGGAAUUGUUCACAGAUUUGUAGCUGAGGAUAAGCAGCAUCCAAGAUGGCUAGAGAUCCAUGCCAUGUUGAUCUGUUUGAGAUGUGAGAUGAACUUAGAGCCCACUGUUUCAUCAGAGUACAUGCAAGAGUCACAUUUGAACUGAGGAUUGCCGCAGUCAUCGGAAAUCUAUUAUCAAUGCUUGGCUUUGGCAGAGGUGCCUUCAUUGCUACCUGAGCUUGAAAAGCCAAAUGACAGCAGAAAAACCUGUCUCCAACCAGUCAUGACUCACCGUGGUCCAAAACGGUGCCAGACAAAUUCCUUAAAACAAAUCCAAAUUCAGGUGAUUGGGCAAUUUGCAAUUAAACUUAUUGUGGUAUUCUAGCCAUCUCCAUUCAUGGGAGAAUUGAUCUCAGGCAGAUCCCAAUUCUGUCAUGUUCAUCAGCAGCGCAAUAAUGUGAAGUUAUGCUAACACCACUUCUUUGAGCCAGUUGAUUAAAAUAGUCCUAUAUGUUUGCACAAAACGGAAACAUGUCUUCAAACUGCCACAGCAGAGGGAGGGCGGGGGGUAUUACCCGGUUGGACUAUUAGGGUCAGUCUCAGCCGGAUGGUUAUGACAUAAUGCUCUCAUUGACCUGUAGUCAUAGUUUUGGAAAUGCUGAAGAGCCACCUAUCAUCAUCAUUUGGGAAGAGGACUAGUGUACUACGAAUGAUCAUUCAUUGUCAUGUGCAGAGGUAUUAUCAGGCCUUUGCACUUUUUCAAAGCAUGCAAGUGGACGCAAUCAAGCGAAGAGAGUUGCGGACUUACACAGUUGUAGGGUUGCUGGUGAACAAGCAGUCUCAGGUUCAUGACUCCAUGUUGGAGUAGUGAAAUUUUUUCUAGGCUGGUGUGUAUUUGGGAAAUGUAUUCUGAAGGUGGUGGUUCAGAAGUUGCCAAAUGAGUUUGGUAGAUGCAGAAAAAGAUGUUGGGAUUGAAUGAUUGAAUAGAUAGAAGAGUGAGUGAUGUUGGUUCAACCAGACCAGGUGAGGUCAUGGAUGAGUUUGUUUGCACACCUUUCAUAGAAAAGUGCUU